AUGAUUGGGGAUGGUUUUACAGGUGGUAGCGGUGGUGUUGUUGAGGUGGUGUUGGAGGAGGUGAUGGUGCAGCUGCGAUGGUUGUGCAGUGAUUUGGGAUGGGCUUGUAGAUGGAUUUUGCAGGGGAUUGAGAUAGGUGAUGCACUACCAGGGCUGAGGAGUUACAAAGACAUUGCAGAGAUUGCGAAAAAAUUGGGAUUUGAAGUGAUAAAAGAGAAAGAUUUGGCCAAGCCACCUGCAAAUCCAUGGUGGAGCAGACUUAAAAUGGAGAGGAUUGCUUACUGGAGGAAUCACAUUUUAGUUACAAUUCUUGCUUGGGUUGGGAUUGCUUCGAAGGGUGUUGUUGAUGUGCAUGAAAUGCUCUUUGUCAUUGUGGAUUACCUCACUGGAGGCGCCAUUUGCCAAGCACCAAAAUUGGAAGAAGUGUACAGCGAGAUCUACCGGGUUUUAAAGCUCGAAUCCUUGUAUGUCUCCUAUGAAUGGGUGACCACAGAAUUGUACCGUGGGGAUGACGCGGAGCACGUAGAGAUGAUCCAGGGGAUUGAGAUAGGUGAUGCACUACCAGGGCUGAGGAGUUACAAAGACAUUGCAGAGAUUGCGAAAAAAUUGGGAUUUGAAGUGAUAAAAGAGAAGGAUUUGGCCAAGCCACCUGCAAAUCCAUGGUGGAGCAGACUUAAAACGGAGAGGAUUGCUUACUGGAGGAAUCACAUUUUAGUUACAAUUCUUGCUUGGGUUGGGAUUGCUCCGAAGGGUGUUGUUGAUGUGCAUGAAAUGCUCUUUGUCACUGUGGAUUACCUGACUGGAGGCGGUGAGACUGGAAUUCUCAUUCCUAUGUACAUGGUUCUCUGCAAAAAGCCCGAAAUUAAUUAA